AUGGACUUGCCUGAACGCGUACUAAUGGGCAAAGUAACUUCAAGAUUGGUAUUGCAAAAAUUGAACAGUGGAAAUCAUUCUCAAUUGUCAUUUAAUGGUAAAAUCAGUCAACUGGCAAAUAGGCUAACAUCAAGUGAGAAAGAUAAUUCUCAUCAUUGCGAUCAGAGAAUAUACUCACUUGCACCGGCUUCUUCCGAGUUAAGUAACUAUCAGCCAUUUAAACAAUUUUCGCGAUCGUUCAUUUUGAAAAAAUAUAGCAAUGAAAAGUCACCUGAUUUAUUCGGUGAUGAUGAUGAUGACGAUGAUGAGAACGGUAAUGGCGGCGUGGACAAUCAUGUGGAAAUGGAAAAAGAUAACCAAUAUUCUGCAACAGAAAGAGUAGAGAAGUCAAAUCCAACAUUCGGCGCUGCCUAUGAUGCUAUAGAGAAUUGCUCUUUUCAUUGCCCAACAGAAUCAAGUUUUGUUGACGAUGAACAGGCCGGGGAUGUGAGUUUCGCUGACAAUGGAAUCAAAGGCAAACGCUUUAAAGUACUUUUUCGCGAGAACUGCAGACGUGAAAAGGAAUUUCUUAAAAGGAUACGUAAAUGUUUGGCUGGAGUUUUACCUCCGCCCUCUGUUACUAUACCUCAGCUGGAUAUGUUUGAAGCGAUAUUAACACAGAAAGAUGAAAUUUUGAACUUUUUUUGCAAUUCCACUGCCCACGAGUACACCAGCGCAGAGGAUAACAAGCAUGAAAGUUUAUUGAAACCUACACAUACUCUGGAAGAUGCAAAGAAUAUGCCUUGGAAAGAUGUUUUGGCACUAAGGCAACACGGUCUGAGCUAUAACCUAAACGAAGCCUCCGAAAGUAACGAGUACUUAAAUUUGUCUAUUGUGGAACAUUUCAUCGGAGCAGAAACGGCUUCUUCUUAUGAAAAUGUUCCUUCAAACAUUAAAAGACAUAAUGCCCGCAUAAAACAACUUUGUCAAUCGCCUGGAAGUCGUUUAAGUCAUUUGGCCAGACGUAGAGCAGUGUUUUCUUCUGCUAACUUAGCGAACACUUCCCAACAAUCCCAGACUUUAAUAGGUCCGCAAAUUUUAGUUGAUAAAACCAAAGGGAAAAAUCGGCGUAAAGAAAAUACACCUAAACGUAAAACACCCGGCAGUAAAAAGAAAAAUCGCAAAACCCCGACUUCCUCAGCACGUAAGUGUCUUUUCCGUAAUGAUAUUAAACCUGGACCAUCAAGAGAGACCUCGAAACGUGCUUUAUUUCAAAGCCCAGCCAAACAAUCAAAACCAUCGGUAUCGAGAUUUCCCACCAUUAAACCGGAAUUGGCUAAUCGAGUAGAAAAAUCGAAACCAGCUUUACUAUGA